AGCGCGACUCUGGUGGACUCUAGCUCUUUCGGAUGGAAUAACAUUGUUUCUCUACGUAACCAUUCAAUAUUGUUUAACAGAAAUGGGCAGUUCGUUUAUACGGCCUUUACUGAGAAACUGGAAUGAUUUCCCAGAAGCCGAUUUCACCCCAUCGGUUGACCCAUUAUAUGGAUUUGAAAACGGUCGUAAAAUAAGAGAACCAACUGCAACCAUAGAAGAAAUGAGAGCUGCACGUGUUCCCAAACGCUAUCGAAACUACUGUGCUCAUAAAUUCAUAGCCCGAACCACAUGCCUCAGAAAGAAUUAUCCAUUUUAUCCAAAAUGCCGCAAGGAGACGGAUGAAUAUCAGACAUGCGUCAGAGAUGAUAUAAUUAUUAGAAUGAAGGAGAUGGAAAGGGAACGUAGAUUCCGUCUGAGGCAAAAGAAGAAGGAUCGAGCACUAAAAGAAGCAACAGUCGCAGCUUAAUCUGAAAGCAGGCUACCUGUUGUUGAAUAUGUUUAGGACUUAUACCUCUAGAUGGAUUAUUGUGACUGUAUGUAAAUAAAGUAUGAAUAAAUGAACUGCAGUAUGGCA